AUGAGCGCUUCACAGGAAGUGGUGGAAGUGGAGGACGACUCCGGCGAGGAGGAGGAGGAGGAGGAGGCGGAAGCGAUCCUGGUGGGUUGUCUCACGGUUAACGUUGUGGGUCUGCGGUACUACCACGGCACGGUGACCAACGGCGAGAUGGUCCAGCUUGUCCGAGAGCCCACCAAUCCAUACGACUCCAACGCCAUCCGGGUGCUCAACAUCCGGGGCGACCAGGUCGGCCAUGUCGAGAAGAACAAGGCAAUGCAUUUGGCACCGCUGGUGGAUCAAAACCUCGCCUUUCUCGAGGGCAUCGUUCCCAGCGGCAGCAAGAACGCGUACAGGAUGCCGUGCCAGGUCCACGUCUUUAGCAAGCCCGCCUUGGCCCCCGCCGUGGUCGAUCACCUCGACUACUUUGGCGAGCGUUUGAGUGGAGGCCUCCUCGAGGAGGGAGCUCAUGAAGGUGGCGGCGGUGGAAGAGCCUCGAGCAAGACGAGCAAGCGAAAGGUUCUCGCUGGCGCUGCUUCCUCCGCUCCAAAGAAGCCCAGCAUCGAUGAUAUCUUCGAAGAUCUCGCGCUCGACUGCAAGAAGCGGCAGGCCAUGGAGCCCGACUCGAGCAUUGUGAAGUCGGAGCUAAUGCAGCACCAGAAGGAGGCGCUGGCUUGGAUGAUCCAGCGGGAGAACAGCUCGGCGCUGCCACCUUUCUGGGAGAUCCAGCCGCCGAAAGGAAGCAACACGACGACCAUGUACAUGAACACGCUGACGAACUUUACGUGUGACAAGCGUCCGGAGCCGCUGCGAGGAGGGAUUCUAGCCGAUGAUAUGGGACUCGGGAAGACGCUCGCGGUGCUCGCUCUCGUCGCCACCAACAGGCCUGGAGCUGUGCUCCCGCCGGUGGUAGACAUCGCCGAGGAGCUCGAAGAGCUGGAAGAACAACCGGCUGCGAAGAAGAGAAAGACCACCGAGAGAAGCAAAGGCAGGGAUAAGAAAGCCAGUGACUCCGGCAGUGACGAUCAUCCUCCUCCACCGUGCGUCCCGAAAGCUGGCGGCCCUCUCGCGACUUUGGUGGUGUGUCCACUCUCCGUGCUGAGCAACUGGAUCGGGCAGCUGGAAGAUCACACUCGAGCCGGGAGUCUCAACGUGUGCGUCUUCCACGGCCCCGACCGGAUAAAAAACGCGAAGAAGCUCGCGAGCCACGAUCUGGUUUUCACGACUUACAACAUGCUGGCCAGCGAGUGGAACGACAGGAACUCGGCGCUGCGGAAAGUCCACUGGCUGAGGCUCGUUUUGGACGAAGCACACCUCGUGAAGAAUCCAAAGGCGCAGCAGACCAAGUGUGCGAUCUCGCUCAAUGCCGAUCGGCGAUGGGCCGUGACUGGCACUCCAAUACAGAACAACGCCAAGGAUCUCUUCAGUCUCAUGCAGUUCCUCCACUUCGAGCCUCUCAGCGAGCGGACCUUCUGGAAUAGAACCAUUCAGAGACCGCUCACGAGUGGCCAGCCGGCUGGUUUUGCCCGGUCACAGGGAUUGAUGUCCGCCAUCUCGCUGCGACGAACCAAAGAGACGAGAGUGAACGGGAAAAAGCUGGUGGACUUACCUCCAAAGAUUGUCACGGUGUUUCCAGUGGAUCUCACUCCCAAUGACCGCGCGAUCUACGACAAGAUGGAGCGAGACGGCAAGGAUAUCAUCCUCAAGUACAUCGCAAACGGCACCAUGACUAAGAACUACGCAAUCGUUCUCCAGAUCAUCUUGCGGCUCCGGCAGCUGUGCGACCAUUCCAGCAUGUGUCCGGGAUCCAUGGAUGUUCUAGCGGCACUAGGAGCUGAGAAUCAAGGACAAAUCGCUAGUCCAGAGCUCCUCCAGAAGAUGCUGGCGAUGAUCGGCGACGACUUCGACUGCCCGAUCUGCCUCUCGCCGCCGGUCACCGCGAUCAUCACUCGCUGCGCUCACGUCUUCUGCCGGAGAUGUAUCGAGAAGACUCUCGAGCGAGACAAACGCCAGUGCCCGAUGUGCCGGGGUGACUUAACCAUCUCGGACAUCUACACGUCCAACGUUGGCAAGGAGCAAGAAGAAGCUGGCAACGAUGGCGAUGGCGGUGGUGGUGGUAGCAGCGCCAAGAUCACAGCACUGCUAUCCAUCCUGGACAAGACGCGAGCCAAAGACCCGAGCAUCAAGACGGUGGUCUUCUCGCAGUUCUCGUCCAUGCUCAAGCUGGCGGAAGCUCCGCUCACACAGGCUGGCUACAAGUUCGUCAAGCUCCAGGGCGGCAUGAGCGCCAAGAAGAGAGACGAGGCCAUGGAGGCGUUCAAGUCGAGGAGCAAGGAUUCGCCGACGGUGUUCCUGCUCAGCUUGAAAGCCGCGGGUGUUGGGCUCAACCUGGUGAGCGCGUCCAACGUCGUCAUGCUGGAUCCGUGGUGGAACCCGGCGGCGGAAGAACAGGCAAUGGAUCGGGUGCACAGGCUGGGACAGACGAGGGACGUUCAUGUGUUCCGGCUGGUUGCGACGGACAGCAUCGAGGAGAGGCUGCUGCAAAUGCAGGAGAAGAAGCGGGCGUACGCGCAGAUCGCGUUGGGGAAGGAGGCGUCCGAGGAGAGGCGGAAGCAGUGCAUCCAGGAGGUGAGGCUGCUCAUGCAGUGCUGAUCGAUCCAAGAGCCUCUUUCUCUCUCGCUUUGGAUGAGAGAGAGAGAUUUAGCGAGGAGUACUUCGAUUAUAUAGUCCGAGAGUGAAAAGUUUUUCUCGAGAGUCCGAGACUCUUUAUCAAAGUAAGAGAACCAGUGUAGAUAUGAUCAUUCCGGAUUUCCAAUCACAAGAAAUCGAUUUGACUA